AUGGUCGAGAUGGAUUUUAAAGUGGAAGAAGAGUUUGGGAUGGAGAAUGUAACGAGGCCGCUAGUGAGUCUUUUGGGUAUGGAUGUAGAUUUGGAGGAUUUUAAGGAUGAGGGGACGCGUAGGAUUGUUACUCGUUUGCAUUCGAUGGUUCAGAUGUAUAAAGAUAUAGUGAGAUGUGGUGGUAGUAGAUUGAGUAGUAGUAGUAGUAGUAGUAGUUUGGAUGGGAAUUCGAUGGAGGUAAAGUUGACUACUUUGUGGAUAUUAGCUAGAGGAAGUUUAUUGAAUAGUAAGAAGAUUACGGAGACUAAGACCUUCUUUGUUUUGGUGAAGAUUAUCGAGAAAGAAAGAGGAAAAUUUCAAGUCAAUUGUUUGCUGAUGGUGAUGGAAUUGGCUGCAGUUGCUGAGUUUCAUGUUGAUCUUAAGCGUUUGGCUUUCAUGCCAAAUUCAGUGGCUGGAAAAGCCAUUUUGGAUCAACUUUUGAGGGUGAUAAAUGAGAAGAGUAUAGCUUUGGUGAUUCUGGUUACUAAGGUAAUAAGUUGUUUGGCAAGGACGUUUCCAGUUAAGGAAACACGUAUAAUUACGCCUUUGUUGCUCUUGUUGAACAAGGCUCUCAAACAAGAAAGAGAGUUGAGUGUUCUUGAAGAAGUGGCUCAACAUUUUGUAAUACAGCAUCCUGAUUUGAGAAAGUCAUUUUCUAAGGCAAUACACCAGGUUACACUAUACCAGAUUGGAGCUCAUACACAUAUAAAGGCUUAG